CAGCAUCGGCCACCAGGGUGCGUGAGUCAGCGAUGUCUAUAUAAGAAGGUGAAAACCGGAGGUGGAGCACAGUUGUGGUGUCGCAUUUGUGUCGACAUGACCACCACCUCCGCAGCUCUCCUCGCCCUCGCCCUUUUGGUGGGUGCUGGUGCAGUACCAUGGGGAGGAAACACACCCAGAUGCUCUACGGAAUGCCCCGUCGCCGGCUCCCCCAAACUCUUCUACCAGCCAGAACACACCUACACCUACACCUACUCCGGAAAGUCCCAGAUCCACCUGAAAGGCGUGGAAGGUGGAGUCACAGAGACGGAUUGGUCUAAACGAGUUGAACUAUCAUGGAUCACCCCCUGUGACAUGGUCAUCUUCAUUAAGGACCCCAAGGUGGAUGGUGCCGCAGGCCCGCCCGCUGCCAAGUUCCUGGAGAAGUACCCGCUGGUGGUGGCCCUGACCGACGGCCGGGUUCAGCAUGUGUGUACUCAUCCUGAAGAUGACGUCUGGUCCAUCAACAUCAAGAAGGGCAUCGCCUCAGCCUUCCAGAACUCACUUCCUUCUAAUUCUACCAUCAACUCAGGACAAAACAUCACUGAGACGGACGUGGUAGGAAAGUGCCCAACACACUACGAGGUAGAGAGAGAAGGAGACAAGGUUAUUGUGAAGAAGGAGAAGAAUCACAGCUUGUGUAAGGAACGUUACCCCACCCCUGCCGAGACCCAGGUCCCUUGGCUCAAAGGUCCUCUCCCACUGGAAGAGUCCAAGUCUCGAUGUAAACAAGAGAUUACCAAUGGAAUCUACUCUUCCAUCAUCUGUGAGGAUAAGAAAGUGGUCCGCCCCAGCUAUGGUGCCUAUAAGUAUGUUGAAGCCAAACAGGAGUCCACACUGCGAUACGUCUCACUAUCCAGCCAACAACCACCUGCCAUCCCUCAAGGUAGUCUGGUCCGCAAGAGUCUCCGGUAUAGCUACCAUACGCUCAACAAGGACCCGUCCAUGGUAGCCGAGUUGGAUCAAACCAUGACUCAGAUCUGUGAGAAGACUAAAGAUUUUGUUGAGCGUGAUGCUGCUGCUCUGGUGGCCAAGGCUGUGCAGCUCCUGCGUCGUGUACCUGAGGAAGCUGUGAAACAAACAUUGGACAAAAUUCGUGCCGGACGUUACUGCCAAGACCACAGCAAACUCGAAAGCCUCUUCCUGGACGCUGUUUCCUUCAUCCACGAAUCUGGUGCUGUAAAGGUUAUGGUGGAUGAGCUGGUGAGUGGCCGGGCUACAGUAGGUCGCGCUGCACUUUACACUGCUGCCUUCUAUCUUCAACCCCGCCCAUGUAUCCAUGCCAUGAUGGCUCUGAAACCAAUGUUCGAAUCCUCCCAACCUCUGCCACGCGCCACCCUGGCUGCUGCCUCCAUGGUCAACACUUACUGUCGCCACAAUCAUCAUUGUUAUGAAGAAGCACCGGUUAAGAGUCUUGUUGAAGCUUUGGGUAAUAAACUACGACGCCAGUGUUCUCCUUCUGCUGAUGAACGGACUCAAAAAGCUGCCCUGGCAACACUCAAGGCUCUAGGUAACAUGGGAGUGAUGACCCAGGAGGUAGCCAGGUUUGUGAUGACGUGUGUGGAUACAGAAGGAGUCAAGAUCAAUGUCCGUGUGGCCGCCGUACAAGCCUUCAGACAAGUGAAAUGUCAACACCAUAUAACUGAGCAACUUGUGAGGGUAACAGUUGAUCCUGAUAGGAACGCUGAGGUUCGUAUUUCAUCUUACCUUAUUGGUAUUCGAUGUGCUGAGCAAAAGGACUUGCAAGAAAUUGCUGCAAAGAUUUCAAAUGAAGAAAAUACCCAAGUUCGUGGAUUCAUCCUGAGUCAUCUCCUCAACCUCCAGCAGUCUGAUGAUCCUAAGAAGGAAAACCUUCGGUACCUUCUGUCCAGUAUUGUCCUUCCAAGAGAUUUUGAAACAGACUUCAGGAAAUAUUCCCGCAACAUAGACAUGUCCUACUUCGCCCCGUCUCUCGGUGUUGGUGCCGGCGUUGAAUCCAACAUCAUCUACGUCCCUGGGUCCUUUGUGCCUCGCUCCGUUGACUUCAACUUCACUGCCGCCUUAGAGGGAAUUUCAAUGAACAUUGGCGAGGUUGGUGUCCGACUUGAGGGUCUAGAACCUGUCAUCGAGGAGGUGUUUGGACCUGAAGGUUACCUGCAGAGAACUAGUUUCAGUCAAAUUCUAACCGACAUAACUACAUUUGUUGAACAAGAAGGGAGCAACAUCAUGGAGCACUUCCAGAACUUAUUAAGACAAAAGAGAUCCAUCAACUUCUCUACUCUGUCUCACUUCUUCAGCAAGAUUUAUGGAGGCGAGAGAUCGACUGUGGCUCAAGCUGAUGUAUUCGCUCGCUUCAUGGGUCAGGAGAUAACCUUUGCUUCAUUAGCUGGAGACUUGAAGCACAUCAGUGCUGAUACAAUGAUUGAAAGCUUCUUCUCAUACUUCGAUGACAUUCUUCCUCAGAUGAAGAACUUGCACAUCAAUUCAGCACGAACAGCUCAGAUAAACUUUGAAUACACCUUCCCCACCAUCCAGGGCACACCACUCAAACUUCAGCUGAAUGGAACAGCUGUUGCUGGACUGAAGAUGCAAGGAAACCUUAACCUCGCUGACAUCCUCUCUAACUGGAGGAAUGGGGAGACCCUCUUCAAGAUCAUUCCUAGUCUUUCUGUCCAAGUAGAUGGCUUCGUCGGCUACGACAGCUAUAUCGCUAGAACAGGAAUCAAGACGACCAACACCAUCUCCAGCAGCAACGGUGUUUCCCUCACUCUUAGGGCCAAGAACAGUGAAGAGUUGGAGGUUGAACUGGAUCUUCCUGAGAAGAUGGAACUUAUUAAUGUGAAGAGUGAGACUUACCUGAUGAAGAGCGUGAGGGGCAGCCCAGACACCAAGAUCAUUCCACCAUCCAUGGGGGACGCCAGAGUGAAACGUCAAUCGUGUAUCAACAGUCUCGAACCAGUGUUAGGUCUCAGGCUCUGUUAUGAUGUGGACGUUCCCGAUAUCUUCCGCAGUAACUCCUUGCCACUGGGAGCCCCAGCUGUUAUCAAACUUUACAUUAAGAAGGCAGAGUCUUCUAUGAAAGGUUAUCUUCUGUCUGCCGCCACUCAGAACAAGAGAGGAAGCAAACUCAUAACAAUGAAAGUAGCAACACCCGGGUCAUCCCCACCAAGAGAAGUUGAAGCAACAUUGUCCUUCACUGAGCAAGAGGAAUCCUUCAUUGUCUCUGCUAGAAUACGAUCUUCUACGGUUACGAGUGGUUUCUGGGUCACAAUCGUCAACAGAGAAGACCAUAGGGGCGUCGAGGCUUUUGUUAACUUUAAUUCCAGUGACACAACAAUAUCUCGAGGAAUUAAAUUAGAUCUCAAGACAAGAAAAACAUCGUCUGAGGAGGAGUACGAAUUCAGCAUGUACAGCAGUCGAAACAGGAAUUUCCCUCUUGAAUCACAAAUCAUGGAGAGCAAAUUUGUAAUGAAGCUUAAUGGUCCUGAAGUUUCUUUCGAUAUUCUAUCCCAAACAAAGAAUGAACUGAGCCGCUACCUUGACUUUAAUUUCGAAAUUGGGCUUGACCUGAGGUACACCCGGUACUACCCCAUGCUUCUACCAACUAAGUUGCGCAAGUUUGAGUUCCAGAGUAGUCUGGGAGGCUGGCAUGUUACGUCCUUUAUCCGUCAAACAAGAGACUCAGGCGAGACAGCUGAACACACAUCUGCCUUCAAGAUUAUGUAUAUGAACCAAGAUCUAAUUUCUGUUAACGCCACCCAGUCUAUGGAGGGAAGACUAGGCCAUAACUUGGUAGUAAAGACAGCUGCUACAGUCAAGAUAGGCACAGCGGAAUAUAAGACUUCCAGUGAUAUCUACUACGGCAGAGACAAGCUGGGGGUAACCGCUCAACUGAUGCUCUCCGAGGACAGGGUCAAGAUCAUGGAGUUUGAAGCCCUGAACACCCGAUCUGGGACCACAGUGGACACCAGAAUAUCAGUGGAGAUGCCGGAGUGGAUUAGGUCCAUCAAGUUCGAGAGCCGGGUGGUGGAGCAGGGACAGGAUAGUUACAUGGUUGAAGCUGCCCUCAAGCACGGAGAGAGCGUCAUUCUCCAUGUUAUAGGACCACUCACACUCAGGCUAACCUCGCAGAUAAUCAACAUACAGACUAACAUGAAGUUUCAAGUUAUAGACAGUACAUAUUACAGUAUUAACUCCACUUUCAUACUUUCUGAACAUGAGCUGUUGGUUGCCUUAGAUGUGAAGGCUAAACAACAACGUGUCUUGUCAGCAGAAUGGAAUAUGAUGUCUGAAUCGCGUCCUCGGAAGACAACCAUCGACUUUAAGUUCCUGUUGCCCGUACUGAUGGAGAGCAAAAUUCAUAUUAUCCUUGGCGAGAGGGUCAUCAUGGUCAAUGCUGAUAAUGUGUUAUUCCCGCAGAGUUCCUCCCAUCGCAGGGUGAAAAGUUAUGUUGAUUUUGAUUUCGAGCACAGGAGUGUCAAGUUGGACUUCUCCUGGGACGCAGACAGUGACUCCAGUAAGAGAGUUAAGGCACAUGGUCACUAUAUGGCCAGCCCAGUCGACCCAGGACAUGCCUCCUACCAGGGAACUGUUCAAUGGAUGUCGCAGACCUACCACGUCAAAACUGACCUCGCUGCAAUCAACUUCUUAACCAAUUCCCAGCGGGAAAGCGAGUUCAAUUUGGAAGUAACUACCCCCUCUCAAAAGACGCUUGUCGUUGAGAUGAGGAAUAGAGUUGAAGAGCAACAUAAUGCCUUUACAGUAGAGACUCGUCUCCGAUACAAGAACCUGGAAAAUAAGGAGUACAAGUUUGUUAGUGUCAUGGACUUGGAAGCUCUUGACAACCCAUACAGCUACAAACUUCAGUCUCAGCUGAGCUUCACGUCAUCAGAAGGUCAGGAAACGCUUCUGAGAACAGAAGCUAAGUACGAGAGAACAACUGUAGAACGUGUCAUAAACUUUAAGAGUGUUACAUCGACUCCGCGUAUGAGGAGACCUCUACAGGUAGAGUUCUUGUCAUCCACCAAAGACAAUUCAUACAACGUCAUCUGGAAGGCGGGCGUGGACACUCCAGCCACCAUGUUUAGAUGGCAACUGGACACUUAUCCUGCGGGAGGUGUCAAGGUUUUUGAUUCUGCAUUUGACGCCACAGCAAUCCAUAACUUCCUGGGAGCUAUUGUGAAGAUGGUAGGAAGACAAGGACAGGGUUAUGAGAACCUCUUGAUAGAACGUCCCGAGAGAGAGCUUUAUCAUUACCGGUACCACAAGUCCACACCCACCACCUACACUAUGCAAGUUGAGUAUCCAACCCGCACCAUAGAGGGUGAAGCUACAUACUCUCCCACAGAGGCAAGUGUCAAGGUAUAUCCCAACAAGAGAGAGAGUAACGCCAAAUACGAGUUAACUGGAAGGUCCUCCCACACAUACUGGGAUCAAGAGUCCAAGUUUGAAGGCCAUAUUAGCCACCCAAGUCUGACCAGGGACAUACGAGUAGAGGUUCAGUACUCGGUCACUGGAGAGAACAUGAGAGGCACCAUUGAGUUGGACAUCUUCCCUGACACAGCUGACAAAAUAACAGGCACUUUACAGUCAACCUUGGUCGCCAACAACACCGUUAGGGUGGAAACUUCAUUAACUUCUAGGAGUCUGAAGGUGAGCCCCAAGUUCAUCAUAGUGACGGCCUAUGCUCCCCAUACGGUUGGCUUUGACCUCAUGUUCCAGAAGGCUCCCUCUUCACCAGUAUCCUUCCAAAUGUCGGCCAAGUACGACCGAGUCACUGAUAAAGAUGCAACAGCAGCUUUCCGCGUGGUGACCGAGGAAGGCCCCGUGGUGGACAUAGCUGGAGUGAUGGAGCCAGAGCAAGUUCCUGAGUGUACCGGCGUCAAGAUCAAGGCCGUGGCUCUCACUUCUGUCCUCGGUACUUAUGACAUUUACUCAAGACUGUGUAGACCAGCCUUCAUUGAGCUGAUAACCACCAAGCGAGGCAGCCAAGAAGAGUACAUCACAAAGUUCGGCUUCCAAACACCCAAUAAUAUUGAGGCCAGUUUAUCUGUGGGUGACAAGGAUCAAGAAGAGAGACGCGCCAUUGCCAUGACGCGCUUAAAGCUUACUUCACCCGUCUUGGUCAAUCUUGAUUUUGUUUACGAGAAAGAACAGGUUACCGUCGUCAUGAAUGAUGUCAAUGAAAAGUAUCAACGAGUGAUGCAGUCUCUCGACCGGUGGGUUAACAGUAUAUAUCAGUACCUGCAACAACAAGCUCAGCAACAAGGUAGUCACUUCCCUAACCCCGAGAUCCUCAAGUUGAUGAGCGAAGCCAAACUUGACCUCCAACAAAUAUAUGAUGGUCUGAUUUAUGGUGAAGUUAUCCCUCAGUAUGAGGCUCUCUGGGAGAUCGUGUCACCUACAUUCUCCUACAUAACACAUUAUUUCUCCAGCAUACUGGCAGGCCUGGCCAGAGCACAGGAGAUACUCGUAGAUGAUUUCCUAUACAAAUUAACUUAUUUGAGGGAACAGUUCGACAAUUUCUCUCAGAUCAUCAUAGAAGUUGUGGAAGGCUCUGUACGCUGGGUGGAGACCGGCGACCUGCCACAGUCUGUGCUUAGCCUGAUGGAACAUUUGGAACGAACGAGGUUCUUCAGGUUGGUAAAGAGGGACGUGGACGCCAUAAUUGAGCAAUAUCAGGAGGAGUAUGAGGCCAUUCAACAGGUGGUGGCCAAGGUGGGACGAACAUUCAGGCAAGACUUACACGACCUAUGGGAGAAAAUCUACCAGUCGUCCGCUGUGCAGAGGGCCGUCUACUGGUUCAUCACCAAUUACAGCUCCGACCACUGGGUGCUUUUGGAGACGAUGAAAUUAAGCAGACAGUUCCUUCAGGAAAUUAACUUUGCUUCGGUAGAGGAAGGGAAAACUCGCAUUCAAAUGCAGAUUCCGCUACACACACCACUGUAUUCCUUGACUCAGGUCCUGCAAGCAGCAAUACCAUAUCCCAUUGUCCUACCUGAAAACUUGGCCUGGCGCUAUGAGACCUACAUUCCAGGUCCAUUGAGAGACGUAAUCUGGGCAUACUACUCGUUGAUGCCUCGUCAACUGAUAGACAUGCUGCCCCCUUAUAACCGCACAGCCAUGGUUGUUGGUGACACAGAGAUCCUCACCUUUGACGGCGCUGUGCUCCGUGUACCUCGUUCACCGUGUAAGGUGGUGCUGGCUGCCUACGCCUCCAACAAGCUAACCAUGGCCCAUCCACAACCCUCAGCCCCACCACAGAUCACCUUAUCUACUCGCACAACUACCGUCACCAUUAAGCCGGACUUCCGUGUUGAUGUCAACGGACAAGAGAUGAGCAGCUCACAACAAACUCAGGGUGAUGUCACCAUUCAGAAGACGCCCCUUGAAGUCAAUGUGACGUCACCCUUCAUAACAGUCAGGGUAUUCCGAGAGCGACGUAUAGUGUCCGUAAAUGUAUCUGGGUGGACCUUUGCUCACAUAGCGGGUCUCCUGGGUACUUACGAUGGUGAAGUGGGAAAUGAUUGGCUGAUGCCUUCUGGUAUCAGGGCUCCAAGUCUCCAGGAGUUGGUGUCAUCAUGGCAGGAGGACCAACACUGCCAAACUCCCGCCAUCUCUCCCGUGAAACCCACCAGGAUCAAUGUACAGCGGGGUGUACGGUGUUAUGCACUGCUUGGAAUUAGAUCCAGGUGCUACCCGCUGGUUGAUCCGGAUCCUUUCGUCAAGAUGUGCUAUGCGGCCACUGAUGCCUGUGACGUUGCUCAUGCUUAUCGUACCAUCUGCUCCAGCAGAGGUGUUGAGGAGCUGUUCCCCAUUAGUUGUUAAAGGCAUCACUUCUCUAUCUUUAGAAUUUGUCAUCUUAGCCGAAUUAUGAAUAAUUAUUUCGUGUAUUUUAUCGUUAAUAUAUGUAAUAAAAACUUAAAAUAAAUGUAUUUAGCCAAUAAAAGGUAUUGAAGCUUAA